AUGUCACCCCAUCCCCGCCGUUCCAUUCAAUCCUUUGGCAGUCGCUCCUCCGUGGCCGUGGCCUCUCAACGCCCCACCCGCCUUGCUCCUCUCCGGACCGUCAACUUCCGGCUGGCUAGCACUGGUACUGUUGGUACCGGUAAGAUUUACCAGAUUAUUGGUGCUGUUGUCGAUGUCAAGUUCAAUGGCGCCACGCUUCCUGCUAUCCUAAACUCCCUCGAAACCGCCAACAAUGGCCAGAAGCUGGUCCUCGAAGUUGCGCAACAUCUCGGUGAGCAUGUUGUCCGGUGCAUUGCUAUGGAUGGAACCGAGGGUCUCGUCCGAGGCACGAAGGUGGUUGACACUGGUGCUCCUAUCACAAUCCCUGUUGGCACUGCAACCCUUGGCCGCAUAUUGAACGUGACUGGUGACCCGAUUGACGAGCGCGGACCUAUUAAAACGGACAAGUAUUUACCCAUUCAUGCCGACCCCCCCGAGUUCAUUGACCAGUCCACCUCUGCUGAGAUUCUGGCGACUGGUAUUAAGGUUGUCGAUCUCCUCGCCCCCUACGCUCGUGGUGGAAAGAUUGGUCUCUUCGGUGGUGCCGGGGUCGGCAAGACUGUGUUUAUUCAGGAGCUCAUCAACAAUAUCGCCAAGGCUCACGGCGGCUACUCCGUCUUUACUGGUGUCGGUGAGCGAACACGUGAGGGCAACGACCUGUACCACGAAAUGCAGGAGACUUCCGUCAUUCAGCUCGACGGCGAGUCCAAGGUCGCCCUAGUGUUUGGCCAGAUGAACGAGCCGCCAGGAGCCCGCGCGCGCGUUGCUCUUACCGGCCUAACUAUUGCUGAGUACUUCCGUGAUGAGGAGGGUCAGGAUGUGCUUCUCUUUAUUGACAACAUCUUCCGAUUCACGCAAGCUGGUUCCGAGGUCUCUGCUCUACUCGGCCGCAUCCCGUCUGCAGUUGGAUAUCAGCCGACUCUCGCCUUAGACAUGGGCCUCCUCCAGGAGCGCAUCACCACUACCAAGAAGGGCUCUAUUACUUCCGUUCAGGCUGUCUAUGUCCCUGCGGAUGAUCUGACUGAUCCUGCCCCUGCCACUACUUUUGCUCACUUGGAUGCCACCACUGUUUUAUCCCGAAGCAUCUCUGAGUUGGGUAUCUACCCGGCUGUCGACCCUCUUGACUCGACAUCCCGUAUGCUUGACCCCAGAGUUCUCGGCCAGGACCACUACGAUACAGCCACCCGCGUCCAGCAGAUUCUCCAGGAGUACAAGGGCCUACAGGACAUUAUCGCUAUCCUGGGCAUGGAUGAGCUAUCGGAAGCUGACAGACUUACCGUCGAGCGUGCUCGUAAAAUUCAGCGGUUCCUCAGCCAGCCCUUUACCGUUGCACAGGUCUUUACUGGUAUCGACGGCGUUCUUGUUGAUAUUAAAGACACUGUCGCCUCCUUUAAAGCCAUCCUGGACGGCGAGGGUGAUUCCCUACCUGAGGGUGCCUUCUAUAUGGUCGGCGACUUUAACUCAGCUAGAGAAAAGGGCAAGAAUAUUCUUGCGGACCUGGAGAAGAAUUAG